GAAGACAAGGCACCAAGCAUGGGAAUCUGCAGAGAUAUGGGAACUCAACCAAAGGUAGAAAGACGGCUAGGAGGAAACAGGGCUGCACUGUUUGUGUAUGCAAUGGAGGGGCUAGAGAACAUGGCUUUCAUUGCCGUGGCAAUGAGCUUGGUGACUUACUUCUUUGGGUACAUGAACUUCAGUUUAACAAAGUCAGCCACCACUCUCACCAACUUAAUGGGGACUGCGUUUCUGCUGGCACUCUUCGGGGGUUUCAUCUCCGAUACUUAUCUCUCAAGGUUCAAGACUUGCGUCAUCUUCGGCUCCGUGGAAAUCUUGGGGUAUGGUAUCCUAGCAGCUCAAGCACACUUCCACCAAUUAAGACCAAACCCUUGCAAGGGCGCAGCAACAAGCCAGACAAGUCAAUGCGAGGCUGCUAGUGGAGGCCAAGCCGCAAUACUCUAUACCGGACUUUACCUUAUUGCGUUAGGAACCGGCGGUAUUAAGGCGGCUUUGCCAGCCUUAGGGGCUGACCAGUUUGAUGAUAAAGAUCCCAAAGAGGCAGCUCAAUUGUCUAGCUUUUUCAACUGGUUCUUAUUUAGCCUCACCAUUGGAGCUAUAUUGGGCGUCACCUUCAUCGUUUGGAUUAGUACCAACCUAGGCUGGGAAUGGAGUUUUACUGUAUGCACCAUUGCUGUCUUAUUCGCAGUUAUCUUUAUAAUCAUGGGCAAAUCAUUAUAUAGGAACAAUGUUCCCAAAGGAAGCCCCCUUGUGCGGAUCAUACAGGUCUUUCUGGCAGCCUUCAGAAACAGAAAACUGCAAAUUCCAGAGAAUGAUGAGGAACUACAUGAGAUUCAUGAAACAGAAGGCGGGUACAAUCAUGAAAUCAUCAAAAGGACAGAUCAAUUCAGAUUCUUGGACCGGGCAGCAAUUAUAAGGAGCACUACUGACGCAGCAACAUCCAUAAGCUCAGGACCAUGGAGGCUUUGCACGGUGACCCAAGUAGAAGAAACAAAAAUCUUGAUCCGCAUGCUUCCAAUUAUAUGUAGCACCAUAUUCAUGAACACUUGUUUGGCUCAGCUUCAGACCUUCUCUAUACAGCAAAGCACCACCAUGAACCAAAACAUCAAUGGAUUUAAAGUGCCUGGUCCAUCUAUCCCGGUCAUCCCUCUGCUUGUCAUUUUCAUCCUAAUCCCUUUAUAUGACCGCAUAUUCGUUCCGUUUGCUCGAAGAAUCACCGGAAUUCCCACAGGAAUCCGACCCCUUCAACGCAUCGGAGUUGGGUUGGUUCUAUCAGCCAUUUCCAUGGCAGUCGCCGGAGUUGUUGAAACCCACAGGAAGUCGGUGGCCAUUCAACACAAGAUGGUGGAUAGUACAGAGCCUUUGCCUAUGAGUCUGUUUUGGCUAGGUUACCAAUAUGCUAUAUUUGGAGCAGCAGAUAUGUUUACCUUGAUUGGGCUUCUGGAGUUUUUCUACGCAGAAAGUUCAUCAGGAAUGAAAUCACUAAGCACGGCCAUAUCUUGGAGUUCUAUGGCAUUCGGUUAUUUUACAAGUACCGUGGUGGUUGAAGUGGUCAACAAAGUGAGUGGAGGAUGGCUGGCAAGUAAUAACUUGAACAGAGACAAUCUUAACUACUUCUACUGGCUGUUGUCUGGUUUGAGCGUUCUCAAUUUUGGGUUUUACUUGGUUUGUGCUUCUUGGUAUAGAUACAAAAAGGUGGAAGACAGGCAAAGCCAUCCCAAAGAUACCCUUGGGAUGACUAAGGUUUAGUUUAGAUCUCUAGUGCUUGCGUACUCGCUUUGGUUUCUCUAUCACCUUGCAGAAACUAAAUACUACCUCCAGUCCUAAUUAUAAGACUGCAAAUAAAUGCAAGUGUAAUCCACAAGUAUAGAUUUUGAUUAAUGUAAAAUGUGUUUAUUCAUAGGUAAUUG